CUUUUGCAAGCAACUCAAUCCUCUCCAAGCACCGCACUUAACACUCAUCCGAUUGUCAAAGCUUCCUACAAUGCACUUCAUUUUCGCUCUUCUCCCGUUUGUUCUUUCAGCUGUGGUUGCCAAGGACCACAAGCAAUGCGACUGUCAGAUUCAGAAUCAAGACGGAAGUUGGCACUAUGACUGGCAGUUGACUUUCAAUACCUGCCAGAACACCUUCUCUGAUAUUGCCAAAUACGAUCCAGGUGCCGGUCGUUGCGUUGCCCAAUCUGGAAAACGAAUUGAUGGUGAUACCUGGUUCCACGACUGCGCGUUCCAAGCCAAGAGCGGAUAUUACCCUGUUUCAGGCGGAGCGAUCGAUACAACCGCAACGCCUAUGACUGGUACUGGAGGUUCCACCUGCGACUAGUCUGGCGUAUAACGCGACUAUCUUGGUGGUUAUAUGGAUGAUAAAGAGAAGCAUUCUUAGCUGAACAGCAGGAGAAGGCGGAAGUUUGUUCCAUAUCCAGCUUGCUCAGUCAACGCUCCACAAAAAGCGCAUAACUUGAGUGUAUAGCGAGUGGACCGGCUAAGCGAGUGGACCGCCUCAACAAGCUAUUAGGCCUUCUACACUUAAUUACUCAACACUACAACGUUGUACUGUAGCUAACAGUACAUAUUCUUAAUCACUAACGUCUAUUACAUCUUUUUCACACGUG